GUGGUGAUGUUGGUUCAUCAUUAUCAAAAAAUGAACAACAACAAACGACAACGACGAUGACGAUACCGGAUAUAGUUCCUACCUGUGAAAUUUUUUCGAAUACAACAGCCAAUUAUAAUCAUCAUCAUCGUCAUCAUAAUCGUCAUCAUAAUCAUCGAUCACGUUUAUCACGAAUAACAACAAGAACAAAAUCUCGUACAGAACAAACAAAAUCUGUGCGUAAAUUAUUGGGUCUCAUAUUUUUAUUGCUAAUUUUAAUAGUCAUGUUCAUCGCUAUUCGUGGCCGUCAUAAUGAAAUGAUGUAUGUUGCAUUAACAUUUACAUUUUUUGCUAUUGCAUUAUUUUCUUAUGGUUAUUGGAGUGCAGUAAAUCGUGGUGAUGGUAUAUGGCAAUAUAUUGGUCCAAAUAAUCUACAACAUCAACAAAUGUCUAAUCCAAAUUAUCAUUUUAAUUCGUUAUAUGAUCAACAACAACAAAGACGAUAUCAGCGACAACAACAGCAAUCAUUAAAAGAUAAUCCACGUGUACGAUCAUAUAUGGUUGCACCACCAAAAAUGGGUGGUGCAAGAUUAGAGAUUUAUACUAUUGGUAAUGAUGAAGAUGAUGAUGAUCAUAUAUCAACCAUAUCGAAUUCAUCAAGAUGUCCAUCUCUAAAUAAUCAACAACAACCUCAUCACGAACAUCAGCAUCAUCAUCAUAAGCAUUCUCAUCAUCAUCAUCGUCAUCAUCAUCAUCAUAAUCAUGAUCCAAACACUAGAAUCGAUAGUAAUUUAAGAAAAACAGAAUUACCCAAUACUAAUGAUGAUGAUUAUGAACCGAUUAAAUGUAUGGUACAAUUACCUACAAUUAUUCAUACAACAACAACGACAUCAUCAUCAAACAGCAGCAGCAACAACAACAACAAAACAAACAAAUUAUUCAUUGAAUGAUGAAAAUGCUGAUUUCACCGAAGUAAUAUUGCCGGAUAAAAAAAUCUAAUCACAUUUCAAUUCAUUCUUCCGGUUAAAAUGAAAUAAAUGGAAAUGUGUUCACAUCCGUCCACACACACACACACACACACAAUACUAUAUUUUGCACCGUUUUGUUUGUUUGUUUUUCACAUCCACUCACUCAAACACGCCCAUCCAUUGAAUAAAGCCUUUUGAAUAAUAAUAAUAAAAUAAAAAAUAAAAUAA